UUAAGGGCCGUGUUUCUGGCUUAAAUCCCGAAGGGUGCCAUGUCUGAGCAGGAGCGCAUCCUGGAAUGCCUGAGGAAAGAGAUAAGGUCGCUUCUCAUUUCCACCAAAGACGGUUUGACCCCACAGCAGCUGGAAAAGGAGUACCUGUUGAUGGUUGGCAACCACUUGCCCCUGCGAGUCCUUGGGUACCGGUCCACCAUGGAGCUGGUGUUGGACAUGCCUGAUGUUGUCAGUGUCUGCCCCUGCGGGGAUGGGACUGUCAUACUGAAAGCCAUUCCAGAUGAAUCCACCAGAGGAAUCGCAAGUUUAGUUGCAAAACAGAGGAGCAGUCAUAAGGUUCGAAACUCCAUGCAGAAGGGAAGGGCCAGUGUUUGCUCUGGGCCAAGCUUUCACCACCGAGUACCUUACCGAGGAAGGGUGCCCCCUAUCCUUCCAGCUGUUGUGAAGAGUGAGUUGAAGGACCUCCUGGCAUUAUCUCCUGUUCUCCUGUCUGAUUUCGAAAAGGCAUUUGCCAAGCGAUUUGGACGAUCAUUCCAGUACAUGCAAUAUGGGUUCCUGUCCAUGUUUGAAGUGCUGAAUGCGGCUUCAGAUGUUAUUUCUGUAGAGCAGACCAGAGCAGGUUCUUUGUUGACGUUAAAGAAGAGCAUAUCAGAAGAAAAGCAGAGAGGGUGGCCAGCAGGUAAAAUUUUUACCCAGCCUUUUAGAAUGAAACAAGAAGGAUCAUACUCUCCAAGUUUCCCAAUAGCAAAGACACGCUUUUCACGACCCACUUCAAACAUGGAGCCAUUGAAGCAAAUAUGGAACAUGGAAAAGACCAAGUCAAAUGUAGUGGAGACUUCAAGGCUGAAUCACACUGAAAAAUUAAACCAGUUGGAGAACACCUUCAAAUCAGUUAUUGCACAGAUUGGACCUGGUGGGACUAUUAAUCCAGAACUAAAGCAUAAAAUAAAAUUUGUUGUGUCCAGGUUUCCAGAGGGUUUACUUAUUUCUAAACUGCUUAGGGAGUUUGAGUUAAUUUUUAAAGAACAACUUUCACCAAAAAAAUUGGGCUUCUUAAACGUGAUAGAACUCGUUGGAGCUCUUAGUGACAUUCUCCAUGUGGAGUUCAGGGAAGGAGAGCAAGACUUACUGGUGUUUGAUGCUGAUAUGAAGCCUCUACCACGUGUUCAAUCAGAUAAGAAAAUAGAAGCCAAAACUUAUGUCUCCAGUCCCCCUAGAAAUGCAUUGCCUACUGCUACUAUUAAGGAAACCCCAUGGAUUUGGUCUUUUAAAAAUCAUAAAGAGCCAGAACAGAGAAUUUACAAGAAGCCUAACCUGGUGGUGAAGCCUUUACAGCUGCAAGUAGAAAUUGAUAAAUCACAGCUCAGUCAGGCAAUGGCCAAUCAUGAUAUCCCACCAGAUGCUGCCUGGGACAAGAAAUUAUGCAGACUGCCGCCAUUAGAUACCAGUACCCUCGUGGGAGUCUUUGUGGAGAAUAUCAUCUCUCCUAGUCAAUUCUACAUCCAGAUCUAUAGCAGGGAUUCAUCAGAGUUACUUGAAGACAUGAUGAUUGAAAUGCGGCGCUGUUAUUCUAAUCAACUGGUUUCUGAUCGAUAUGCCAUGCCAGAAUAUUUUAUCCAACCAGGACAUCUCUGUUGUGUAAAGAUUUCUGAGGAUAAGUGGUGGUAUCGAGUCAUUAUCCAUCGAGUUCUCGGGAAACAGGAAGUUGAAGUGUUCUACCCAGACUUUGGAAAUAUUGGAACUGUUCAGAAGUCCUCUUUGAGGUUCCUCAAAUGCUGCUACACAAAGCUUCCAGCUCAGGCUAUCCCUUGUUCUUUGGCUUGGGUGAGACCGGUAGAGGAAUGUUGGACUUCCAGAGCCAUUUUGCAGUUCCAGAAGCUGUGUGGUUUGAAGCCCUUAGUUGGGGUAGUAGAUGAAUACAUAGAUGGGAUCCUUAACAUUUUUUUGUGUGAUACAUCCUCAAACGAAGACGUCUAUUUCCAUCAUGUCUUGAGAACAGAGGGCCAUGCUAUUGUAUGCCGAGAAAAUGUCCCUUCUAAGGGUUUCAGCGAACUCAAUCCUUUAACUUUAUACACUAAAUCCAGUGAAGGGCCAGAGGAUGUCUUGACAGGACUUGGUUGUCCUUCCCAGAACCACUAUUUUAAUGAAGACCGAGAGAUAAGUCCACAGUCAAAAGAGAGUGAUUUAUAUACCCCGCAAGAUAUUAAUGAUGGAAAGGCUGUCAUUGACUUUGAGUCAAAGAAGCCAUUAAAGGAUUCUGAAUUCAGCUCUUUGAAAACUCAAGAUAAGAGCUAUGAAGAAGAUACAAAGUGUUCUAUCCCUAAGCUAAAGGAUCUGAAGGAAGAAAAUGAGGAUGAGAUCCCCACUGGAAUGCCAUGCCUGGAGUCAGUGACCAUAGGUGAUGAUGUUUGGGAUGAAAACUGGUUACCUUUGCGAGCUAAAGUGGGAAAAGAGGGUGAUGCCUCCCACUUACUUACCUCCAGCCAUGGUGGGAAGAAGCCAUACCUGUCAUGUAAAGAAAUGCCAGAGAAGGAUUGGUGUUUUUCUACACAAGAUACAUGGGAUGAUGAUUCAUGUCAGCCUUUAGGCCUUGUGAAUGGAAUGCAAGUAGAAGCUCAAAAACAAGGACUGGGUACUCAGGAAAAAAAUACUGGGACAACCAGCACUCAAAAGCAACCAAAUUCAGAAGGUUCUUCCUCUUCUUCCCCAUUGCCCAAGUUGGAAGAGUUCUACAUCUCUCUUAUCCAGUCACAGCAGUCAGCAGAAGGGAGCCCGGGCGAGCUGCACAGCAUCCAGACGCAGCCACAGCAGGCUCAGCUCUCUGCAGCAGCACUCGACUCACCCCCGACCAUGGUGGAUUCCCCAGAAAAACACUCUGGUUCAGUGGAAAGCUCUCCAGAGAGCCUAAAGAAUGAAGAUUUUUCUAGUAGCCAUGCUAUCACAGUGUUCAAAGAUAAGAGCUAUGGAGCCAUGGACCAGCUCUCUUUGAUUUUGUCUCCUGAGCACCAGAUUUCUCAGAAAUUCUACAUUCCUCGAAGUACAGCCACUGCUGCCUUAGGAGCUGCUGCCCGGUUAGCCACAUCCAGGAGCUUCCUACACUGGUACCCCAGUGUGAAAAGGAUGGAGGCAUGAGGGAGGGGAGGAUGAAGGAAGGAAGGGAGGGAGAUGGGGAGAAAAUAAACCCACUGCUUAGGGUUUGGUGAUUUCUCAGGCCAAAAAUAGGACAUAUUGAGACAAAAUAGUAUUUUGGUAGUUGAGGCCUUUGUCUCUCUGUGUGACUGCGUGUUAUCUUUAUUGUGCUAAUAGUCCAUUUUGUUGUGUAAGUAUUGGUAUUUAUUGUUAAGUUUUUCAUUGAUGUUGUUUUUUAUUCUGUAUAGUUUUGUUCACCUUUGUUUAAUGUAGUAGUUUAAUGGAGUUUUUAUAUUUGUUGUUUCUUUAUGUUGCUACAUAUAAAUGUUUUUCUUAUACAUAUCAUGACUGAUAAAUGAAA